AUGCCUGCCAACCGGAUCGAUCGUUACACCUUGCGGCGCCGUAUCAUAGCUGCAUCGCAAGACGCCGUGUUUCUCCCGGACGGGUCUACCGUGCGCGAAAAUCUUUACCCCUUCAGAGUGGCCGAUGAAGCUGAGUGUCUGAGUGUCCUGGAGCAAGUUGGAUUGCGUGCCGGAGUACAAGAGCGAGGCGGAAUCGAUGCCAAUUUCACUGCAGAGUCGCUCAGUCAAGGACGAAAGCAAUUGUUGUGCCUUGUUCGCGCCGUCUUGCGCCAGUGUGUGAAGAGCCGCAACGGAACCAACGGCGGCAUCCUCCUGCUCGAUGAGGUUUCUUCCAGCGUCGACCAGGCUACCGACAUUGCGAUGCAAGACAUCAUCCGGCGCGAGUUUGAUGGGUACAGCUGA